AUGUCUGCGGUAGUUGACACUGAUAUUCUGAUUGUAGGCGCGGGCCCUGCCGGUGCUGCACUUGCUUCCUUUAUGGGGCAGAAUGGACUGAGUGGUCUUGUAAUUUCCAAGAGUCCACAUACGGCCUAUACGCCUCGAGCUCAUGGGUUUAAUCCCUUUGCAUUAGAGUGCCUACGAGAUAUUAAUCUGGAAGAUGAGGUUCUUCGGCUCGCAAUCCGAGAACCCUUCAUCCUGUCAUCACGCUUCGCAAAGAGCCUGAUUGGCGAGGAAUACGGAAGACUCUCGGCAUGGGAGGAAAAUCCUACAUCUUUAGGAAGACGAAAGGAAACCACGCCCUGUGAGUAUGUUGAUUUUACUCAGCGACACUUGGAGCCUCUUCUUCUCCGUUAUGCAUCACACAACGGCUUCAAUGUUCGAUUUUCAACUGAGAUCCUCAAAGUUGAAUCGAUUUCGAGCCACACAACAGAGCCUGCUUAUACGUGCAAGGUCUACGAUCAUAUCCUGAAGCAAGAAUUCAAGAUUCGCACAAAAUAUCUUUUCGGAGCAGAUGGGGCGCGCAGCGAGAUAGCACGUCAAUUCGACUUCCAGUUCCUUACUCAGAACCCAGGCCCAAAAGCGUGCAACGUCUUGUUCCGCGCAGAUCUUGCAAACCACUUGGCAGAAUCGCGUCUCUGCGGAUUGCACUGGAUCAUACAACCAGACCGCACCCUGUUCCCCGGUGUCGUUGCCCAUUUGCGAGCUGUUCGACCUUGGAACGAGUGGGUGCUGGUAGCCUUUGGUGGCCAGGGUAACAACCCUUUUGAGGGCCUGACCACUCAGAGUCAAGAGCUUGUAGACUUGAUCCGACAGCUUGUUGGAGAUAAUUCCCUUGAUGUUGAGAUCUUGACGCUUGAUGCUUGGACUGUGCGGGAGUCAGUCGCGGCAUCGUACUCGAAAGACGAUCGGACCCUGUUUCUACUAGGUGAUGCGGCACACAGACAUCCUCCGACUUUCGGCCUCGGUAGCAACACGUGCAUCCAAGACGCGUAUAACCUCGCGUGGAAGGUGGCAUACGUGUCAAAUGGUUGGGCUGGUCCAGGUCUGUUGUCCUCGUACAGCCAAGAGAGACAGCCAGUGGGCGCCGACCUUGUCCGAGAGAGUAACAACCAGAUACGGAAAAAUGCAGAGCUCUUCCGUGUGUUUGGAAUGAUGGCCCCAUCUGCCGAGGGCAUGGAUCUGGUGGGUCAACUAUCGCACGCGACGCCGGAGGGCUCGACGCGACGGGCCGAUCUUUAUAAAGCCUUCGAAGAUAAGAAACAAGAGUUUGAGAGCCUUGGCUUGGCCCAAAAUCACUUCUAUGCAUCCAAGGCCGUGUACCUGGAUGAUGAACUUAACCCAAGACCAGUGCUGCAAGGUGACCCAGUCGUGCAGGUUCAAAUCAGCACCUAUCCCGGUAGCAGACUGCCUCACGCGUGGAUUGACAAACCAAACCGCCUAGACACUAUCUCGACUCUAGACUUGGCUGGGAAAGGGUCUUUUUGUUUAUUGGUGGGCGUGGAUGGUAGCGGUUGGAGAAGCGCAGCUGACGCCAUCAAGACAGCUACGGACAUCCCUGUCAAGGUCUUUGGCAUCGGUCCAGGUCAGGAAUACAUCGACGUUUAUAGGCGUUGGUAUGAGAAGAGAGGUGUUAGUGACAGUGGUUGUGUUCUUGUCCGGCCAGAUCGUUUUGUUGCAUGGAGAUCUGUCGAUAAACCUGAGGACUGUGAGCAGAAAUUGGGGGACGUUCUGAGGAGUAUUUUAUGUAGAGACGAGUCGUAG